AUGGGCACCCUGCGCGACCUGCAGUUUGCCCUGCAGCUGAAGAUCGAGGAGCUGCGGCAGCGGGACGCCCUGAUCGACGAGCUGGAGCUGGAGCUGGACGCCAAGGACGACCUCAUCCGCCGGCUUCAGACGGAGCUGGACCGCAUGCGGGCCACGCUCAGUACACCUGGGGCCUCCGCUGCAGGUUGUCUGGCACUGCGUAACUCGUCCCAGAGGGUGAAGAGGAGAGCAGUGAUGGCAGAGUCCACGCGCUGGGAUGACAAGCAGUUCCCUCCUCAAGCUCCCACAUCAAGCCACAGCAAAAGCCCAGAGUGUGUGGAGCUGAUCAGAGAAGCGCUGAUGGAGAGUGGCCUGAUGAGGCACCUGGAGAGGGGGCAGCAGCUUGCCCUGCUCGACUGCAUGGAGCCUGCUACCGUCAGCCACGGCACCUGCCUCACGCGCGAGGGUGACAAAGCCUCGUUCGCGUAUGUCAUCGAAGAGGGCAGAAUAGAGGAGAGCAAAGCUGGUCACAAACUGCAGACGUUGGAGGCUGGCAGGCUGUUUGGCGAGAUCGCCCUCCUCCAUGACCACACCUGCUCCACCACCCUCACAGAGACCUCCAUCCUAUUCUUCUCUUCUUGUUGUUGUCAUUACAGUGAGGGUGAUUACCUCAUCCACCACGGCUCCCCAGGGGAUUCUUUUUUCAUUGUCAGCCAAGGCCAGGUGAAGCUGACGGAGAGGAAGUCGGUCAGCGAGGAGCCCAUGAGUCUGAACACGCUGGGCAGAGGAGACUGGUUUGGAGAAAGAGCACUGAGAGGGGAGGACUCAAGGAUCGUCAGUGCUGUUGCAGUUGGGGAUGUGACCUGCUUAGUGAUGGAGAGAGAUCCUUUCAGGAGACUGGUGAGUUGUUUGGAAGAGGACAGCAAAGCUGGGCGUGAGAACAGAGAGACCAAAAGAUCGGAGGAGGAGGAGGAGGUGCCUUUCCCAGCUGACCUGUCCCUGGCUGACUUCCAGGUGGUCUGCUGCCUGGGAGAGGGUCAGUUCAGCACCUUGGAGCUGGUGCACUACAAAGGUGACUUGCGCCGCACGUACACGUUGAAGAUCAUAAAGAAGAGUGCAGUUCAAAGCUGUGGCCAGCAGGGGCGCAUGCAGACUGAGAGACGCAUCCUGAUGGAGGCAGACUGCCCUUUCAUAGUCAGGUUGUACCAGACCUUUAGGGAUGCUGAGUGUCUGUACAUGCUGCUGGAGGCUUGUUUAGGAGGAGAGCUCUGGACUUUACUCAGAGAAAGGGGGACAUUUGAUGAGGCGUCUACACGUUUCUACGGUACCUGUGUGGUGGAGGCUCUGUCCUACCUGCAUAGCCGUGGCAUAGCUCACAGAGACAUCAGACCAGAGAACAUUCACCUGGACCAGCACGGCUAUGCCAAACUGGUGGGCUUCGGUUGUGCCAAGAGGAUAGGUUCCCGGGGGAAGUCGUGGACGUUCUGUGGUAGUGUUGGUUACGUGGCCCCGGAGGUGAUCCUGUGUAAGGGCCACACAACAGCUGUGGACUACUGGGCCCUCGGCAUACUCAUCUAUGAACUGCUUAGCGGCAGGCUUCCGUUCCCUGCCUUGGACCCGCUGAAGGCCUAUGUGGGCAUCCUGGAGGGCAUAGAUGCUGUGGAGUUCCCCAAGCCCAUUGGCAAAGCUGCAGCCAACCUCAUCAAGAGACUCUGCAGGAGCAAUCCCAGUGAGAGACUUGGCAGCCACAGGAGCGGGGUCAAGGAUAUCUACAGACACAAGUGGUUUGAAAGAUUCGACUGGGAAGGCGUUCGUCAACGUUCCGUCACUCCACCCAUUUUACCUUGUAUACACCAUGCCCAAGAGCAGCAGGAUUGCAGGUCGCCUCACGACAACAAUGGCAACACUUCGGAAAUAUGCGACUGGGACAAAGACUUUUGAUAUUGCUGUGGGGUUACGCGCCACUGGGAAUUUAAAAACUAGGCUACAUCACAUUAUCCAAUCCCCCGUCCCAAACGUCCACCC